AUGGUUCUCAUGUCGCGUUUAAGGCCAGCCCCUGCUCGACAUGGCAGAAGUCGCACCAGCACCCGCAGCAGCCGCGCGGCCAAGGCACCCAAGAAGAAGGCAGCCAAGCCCAAGAAAGCGGGACCCAGCGUAGGAGAGCUCAUCGUCAAGGCUGUGACCGCUUCCAAGGAGAGGACGGCGUGUCCCUGGCCGCGCUCAAGAAGACGCUGGCGGCAGGCGGCUACGACGUGGAGAAGAACAACUCCCGCGUCAAGAUCGCAGUCAAAAGCCCUCGUCACCAAGGGCACCCUGGUCCAGACCAAGGGCACCGGUGCAUCCGGCUCCUUCAAGCUCAACAAGAAAGCUGUCGAGGCGAAGAGGCCCGCCAAGAAAGCCGCAGUCCCCAAAGUAAAGAAGGUGGCCGCCAAGAAGCCCGCCUCCAAGAAGAAGCCCAAGAAGGCCGCCAAGAGCCCCAAGAAGGUGAAGAAGCCACGCAAGCGGCUCAAGAAGGCGGCAAAGAGCCCCAAGAAGGCUACAAAGGCAGCCAAGCCCAAAGCCGCCAAGCCCAAGGCAGCCAAGGCCAAGAAGGCAGCCCCCAAGAAGAAGUAA